AUGGCGUCGUUGCCGCUGCCAAGAGGCUACUUUAACAUGAGCAACAUGACGGAGGCCGAGCGACUGCAGUACGCCGAGUACGCCGAGUCGGCGAUCCGCAAGGUGUUUGCGCUCUCGGACUUCCACAAGAACUCGUGGGUGCCCGUGCACGAGAAGAAGGGCGUGGCGGUCUACCGCAACUUUACCGCCAAGCCGCGCCUCGCGCCCAACGUUAGCAAGAGCAACAUCGCCGAGGUCGGCUGCAAGAGCUCGCUGCAAGCGUCGCUCGACGACAUUGCGCGCGCCUUCGCGGCCCACGACGACGGCCUCUUCCGCCGCCUCAUGAAGAAGCUCAACCCGCGCGUGGUCGACGCCGCCGUGCUCCAGAGCAUCGUGCCACGCACGGCGUCGAAUCCGUACCGAUAUGUCGGCAUCAAGUGGUAUGCGACCAAGUCGGCGAGCAUGAUGGUGACCAACCGCGACUACUGCGUGCUCGAGGUGCUCGACCGCAUCGUCGACGCGCGCGGCAACGACAUGCUUGUGCGCGUUUUGAGCUCGAUCGACCUGCCCGAGUGCCCGUCGCUCGAAGCGUCGCAUGGGUUUGUGCGCGGGAAGCUCCUCGCCGGCUUCAUCUACCAGAUGGACGCCGCCGAAGCCAAGAUGGCGCGCAUGCACCACGUGGUCCGGUUCGAUCCGAACGGGUACUGCCCGUCCAACUUGGCGUACAAGAUUGCCGAGCAAGAUGUCGUCACGAGCAUGGUGCAGCUCAAGCGCAUCGUCGAUAAGCUCCAAAUGACCACGUGCACGCUCCUCGACAAGUCGCAGUGGAUCCCAGCGGCGACGCGGUCGAGCUGCAACCUCUGCGGCCGCGGCUUUGGUUUCUUCCGGCAUCGGCACCACUGCCGCGCGUGCGGCGAAGUCAUUUGCUCCAAGUGCAGUCUCCACCGGUCGGCCGACGUGCCGGGCACGACGAUCAAGAAGAUUCGCAUCUGCUCGAUUUGCAACAUUGGCGUCACCACGAACGAGAACGAGCACUCGGACCACCUCACGGAGCUCUCGCUGCUCUCGGCCAACUCGUCGGCGACGCAAGCCUACAACGAAAUGAACAUGUACGAUCUGUACAACGCCAACGGCCCAAGCACACCCUCCGCGUACUCGACGGCCUCGGCGGGCUCGACCUUCUCCAACACCUCGUACCGAUCCGCCACGACAGAGUACAACCGCCAUUACUCGCAACCCGUGCCGCCAACCAACAUGAUGCCGGCACCGCUGCCUCGCGCGGCGUCCUGGUCGCGUCCACGCGCCAAGGACCCGUCGCCAUUAAGCUCGCGCCGUGGCCUCGCACCCGUGGACCUGAGCUACCUCCCCAAGACGCCGACUACGGCCACGUCGUCGGCCGCCGCGUCGCCGUCGCAGAGCCAGCAGUUGUUUCCGUCGACGCCCCAGCAGUCAACGUCGCAGACGCCGACAUUUGGCACCAAACUCGCGCGCAAGGAGAGCAGCAAGGACGUCAAACUCGACCUCUCGUACCUUCCGCAGACGCCCAAGACACCGAGAAGCGGAUUCGCGACGACACCCAAGCACGCAACUGUCGCCAAGACGGUCGCGCGGCCGCCGACCAAGACGCCGUUCUUUGGCGAGUCGCUUCAGUUUCCGCCCAACGCGGCAUCGGUCGCCAACCCGCCCGCAGCGUCCGAGGCCGCGCGCUCUUUGGAGGACGCGCUCCGCAAGUCGUACAGCGGCGUCGCCGUCGACUACGUGUACAGCAUGCUCGCCGAGAAGGCGGCGUCGCACAACCCGCCGCCAGCGCUCGUGCCGUCAUCCUAA